GGGGUCGCGCGGGGGCGGGCCGCGGCCGGGCGUGGAGCGGCGAUCCCCCCGGCUGCGUUAACCGCGGUGCCGAUCGUGGUGGGGGUGGGUCACCUCCCGGCUCAGCAGGUGCGGGGACCGCCGGCCAGGUCUCCCCGCUCCUCCCCAAGGCCAGGCAGCCCACAGAGCAUGUGCUCAGCACCUGCACGUGCGGGACUCAGGAGGGGCCCUGCCGCCUCUGCUGGGCGGCAAUGCUACGACCUCCUGGUGAUCGGCGGUGGAUCCGGCGGCUUGGCCUGUGCCAAGGAAGCUGCCCAGCUGGGGAAGAAGGUGGCCGUGCUGGACUACGUGGAGCCUUCCCCCCGAGGCACCAGGUGGGGCCUCGGCGGUACUUGCGUAAACGUUGGCUGCAUCCCCAAGAAGCUGAUGCACCAGGCCGCGCUGCUGGGGGGCAUGAUCCGCGACGCUCCCUGCUAUGGCUGGGCCGUGGCCCAGGCCCCACAUGACUGGGCGACAAUGGCGGACGCCGUUCAGAACCACGUGAAGUCCCUGAACUGGGGCCACCGCGUCCAGCUGCAGGACAGGAAAGUCAAGUAUUUUAACGUCAAGGCCAGCUUUGUCAAUGCGCGCACAGUUUGUGGUGUCUCCAAAGGUGGGGAGGAGACUCUGCUUUCGGCCGAGCACAUCGUCAUCGCCACCGGAGGGCGGCCGCGGUACCCUACGCACAUUGAAGGUGCCUUGGAAUACGGGAUCACAAGUGAUGACCUCUUCUGGCUGAAGGAAGCCCCUGGAAAAACGUUGGUGGUCGGAGCCAGCUACGUAGCCCUGGAGUGUGCAGGCUUCCUCACUGGGCUCGGCUUGGAUACCACCGUCAUGAUACGCAGCGUGCCCCUCCGGGCCUUCGAUCAGCAAAUGGCUUCACUGGUCACCGAGCACAUGGCCGGCCACGGCACCCGGGUCCUGCGGGGCUGUGCCCCCGAGAGGGUGGAAAAGCUCCCAGACCGGCAGCUCCGCGUCACCUGGGUGGACCUCGCCUCGGACAGGAAGGACGUGGGCACCUUUGACACAGUGCUCUGGGCCAUAGGCAGAGUUCCAGAAACCUCAAGUCUGAAUUUGGAGAAGGCUGGUGUCCGUACGAACCCCGUCACUGGGAAGAUCCUUGUUGAUGCCCAGGAAGCCACCUCUGUCCCCCACAUCUACGCCAUCGGCGACGUGGCAGAGGGGCGGCCGGAGCUGACGCCCACGGCCAUCAUGGCCGGGAGGCUCCUGGCCCAGCGGCUGAGCGGCCGGACCUCAGACCUGAUGGACUACGACAACGUCCCCACGACCGUCUUCACCCCCCUGGAGUACGGCUGCGUGGGGCUGUCAGAGGAGGCGGCCGUGGCUCGCCAUGGAGAGGAGCACGUGGAGGUUUACCACGCGUUCUAUAAGCCACUGGAGUUCACGGUCCCCCAGCGGGACGCAUCUCAGUGCUACAUAAAGAUGGUGUGUCUGCGGGAGCCGCCUCAGCUGGUGCUGGGCCUGCACUUCCUCGGCCCCAACGCAGGCGAAGUUAUUCAGGGAUUUGCCCUGGGGAUCAAGUGUGGGGCCUCCUACCCGCAGGUGAUGCGGACAGUAGGCAUCCACCCCACCUGUGCGGAGGAGGUGGCCAAGCUCCGCAUCACCAAGCGCUCCGGCCUGGACCCCACGGUGACCGGCUGCUGAGGCUAGGCGGCCAUCCACAGCCGGGUGCUCGGCCCACUGCUGCCCCCGUGACCAGGACACUGGACUGACGCCGAGCGCCCGGCAAGGAUGGCCCAGGCCGGCACCGCACACCCCAGACCCUGCCAGAUGAUGAGGACCUGUGCGGAAACCCCCUGCGGGCUGCCCAUGUCUGAGCCCCUGGCAUUACCUGGCGUAUAUAAAGAGGCUGUUUUCCGGAA